AUGGUCAUUGAAAUUCAACAGCCUUGGAAGAUGUAUUUUGAUGGUGCUGCACAUCGCGAAGGAGCUGGCGCUGGUGUGAUAUUUGUCACUUCUCAAGAGGAGGUCUUACCGUAUUCCUUCACCUUAACACAAUGUUGCUUCAACAAUGUUGCGGAAUAUCAAGCACUCAUACUUGGGCUUGAAAUGGUUGUUGAUAAGAAGCAGUUACAAUUACAAGUCUUUGGAGAUUCUAAAUUGGCAAUCAAUCAAUUGUUGGGUACCUACGAGGUCAAAAAGCCAGAAUUGCGUCCCUAUCAUCACUAUGCACAAAAAUUAAUUGGGUGGCUCGGCAACGUAACUCUCCAGCACGUGCCAAGAAAGGAAAAUAAGAAGGCUGAUGCUUUAGUUGCUUUGGCUUCAACAUUGACUUUGCCUUACCAAGCGCAAAUCACUAUCUGCCAGAAAUGGAUAGUACCGCCGGAGGACGAUAAGGAUGAAGAAAGCAAACUCGAGCUUCUUGUAGCCGUUUCUGAAGCUGAGAAAGUCGAUUGGCGACAAACCAUGAUCGAUUACUUGUGUUAUAGCAUUCUUCCAGAAGAUCCAAAAAGAAAGACCGAAAUUCGCCGUCGUGCCCCUCGCUUCCUUUACUACAAAGAUACUUUGUAUCGUAGAUCGUUCGAGGGAGUUCUCUUGCGUUGUCUGGGGGAAGAAGAAGCGACUCAAGCUAUGCAAGAAGCACACUCUGGAGUUUGUGGAUCACAUCAAUCUGGGCCAAAAUUGCACUUUUAUAUAAAAAGGAUGGGGUAUUAUUGGCUAACAAUGGUGAAAGAUUGUUUGGACUAUGCGCGAAGUUGCAAAGCAUGCCAAUUUCAUGCAAAUUUUAUACACCAACCUCCUGAGGUGUUACAUCCAACUGUUGCAUCUUGGCCAUUUGACACUUGGGGGAUAGACGUGGUUGGACCGCUACCGAAAUCUUUUGGUGGCCACUUGUACAUCUUAGCUGCAACGGAUUACUUCUCAAAAUGGGCUGAGGCUGUCACCCUCAAAGAAGUAAAAAAGGAGACUGUGGCAAACCUCAUUCAAGUAAACAUCAUUUAUCGUUUUGGCAUUCCUAGUUAUAUCAUAACAGAUAAUGGCAAGCCGUUCUCCAACAAAUUGAUGACUAAGAUUUGCGAGCUUUUUGGCUUCAAGCAAUGA